UACCUAUCAUCUACUAAUGACUUCCUUCGAGGGGUCAUGCGCCCACACUCAACCCCUCAAACUAGGUUUGGCUAUGGCAAUCAAUCGACCUCAAGUCAAACACAACCUCCGCAAUAUCAAAGUUCAAUGCCCGCAUCCAUGUCACCGGGACCUCAAGGAUCCAACCUUUCCUUCCCUCAAAGUCUGCUUGUAAAUGAUCUGACCUCUACCGUCCGGAGUCCCGUUCAUCUGCCAACUCCGGGCCCGCUUUACCCAUCCAGCCUUGAAAGGCCGGCUCGUGAUUUCCAUGAAGUCAACAUUCUCAGUCGAGACUCAGGUGAUGUGUGGUCGAACCCACACGCAGGCACCAGGAAUUACAUGACGGAUACGCAAAUUCUCACGUCCACGGGAAGUCAAGUCAGGUCUUCCUCAAUGCUACAAUCAGGAGCCAUGCACGAAGUCUCCACCGUCUAUACCAACACCAACACCAAUCCCAACUCCAACCCCAACCCCAAUCCGAGGGCCAGUACUAGUCGCUGUCGUCUCCAUAUACGACAACAACCAAGGGCAAGUCGGGCAGGACCAGAUGGCAAAGACAGAAGGGCCAUUGAUCCGCCUCCCAUUCUGCAAUUGCUCAUGUACGAUUUUGAUCCGGAAUCAGCAUCAGACAUGGCCGAAAUCACCAGCCAGUUUUGGGUCGUCUAUUGCAAAUUGAUCUCGGCACAGUCACCUGAUCGAGACGUGAGCACCGUGUCUCAAAUCAACGAAGAUGGCCAUAAAGAAGUCCAGCGACUGCUCUUGGGCACCUCAGUUGCCAGCCCCACAGUCACCAGCGACGAUCCCGACCCUCCCACGUUUCAACCACAUCCUCAGUCAACGGCGAGCUUCGUUGCUCCUCCUAGCCCGACCUCUAGAUUUCUCCCCACAUCCUCAACCCGUACAUCAGAACCAAAGAGACAACCCCACAAGUACCCGGGCGCCUUUUUCAUUUUCGCCGACAUCUCUGUUCGAAAAGCAGGCGACUAUCGCCUGCAGUUCACUCUGAUGAAAAUGGAUGCAGUUCCUAUGGCUCCAGGGUCUACCGUGGCCGCGGUCGACAUUGUGACCAGUGACGUCUUCAGGGUAGUGAAUGCCAAAGACUUUGACACAGUCCAAGCCAGUAGCAAUCUGGUCAAAGGCUUAUUGGAUCGCGGCGCGGGCUUUCCCCUGAAGCUCAAAAAGGGCCUCAGGGAAGGACAGAAGAAGCGCAAGGGUCACUCUGACGAAGGCUCCGACGAUGACAUGAGCGAUGCAACAGGAGAGACUUGACACGGAUGUACAAGGACAAUCACCCCCCUUUCAGAGGUCGAGGCAUUUACAAGAUUCUGCCAUCGUCCCAAUCGAACCCGAAUCUGUCUAUAAUCACGAAGAUGACUACAUACAGGUGGCGCGCACCGGUAGACACCUCCGAUGCGAUUUUCCUCGACACUGAGACACGUUGCAAAGCACGCUUCAGAGCUCGGAUCCCCCCGACAAGAAAUGCUCAACCAGUUCUCAAUUGGAUGUCUGAUGGCACUUGUGAUCGAGUCGCGGACACAUACAAUAACAGGAGUAUUCGCCGCUACCCACAGAGCCAGACAAAUGGACUCUGGACAAUGUUGCAGCAAUCAAGAUGCGUGUGGCCACGACGGAUGUCUCAAUGUUCGGAAGGUGCUUACUUGCUAAAUUUCGGAAUCGGAAUCGACCACGG